GUGCCACCGACGCGAGCCGGGAAGGCCACCGGCCGGCCGAGCCAGUGCCUGACCUUCGCCCCAGCACCCGGCCAGCUGCAUCCCAGUGGGGUAUAUAACUGGCCAGGCUGGGGCCAGGACCAGGGAGCGGAGCCGAAACAGCCACGCCAGCAGCCUGCACCAUGAGAGCCCCGGUCGUGCUCGCUCUCCUCGCCGUGGCGCUCCUCGCCGCCCUUGCACAGGCUCAGGAGGAGCCGGAGGACACGAACCUGGCCAAGGAGAACUACAUGCAGCAGGUGACUCAGAAAAUCAAGGACACCCUCGCCUCGCUUGACAUGAGCGGGCUGGCGCAGCAGGGCAGGCAGUGGGCGUCAGAGCAUCUGGACGCCAUCCAGAGGUACGUGGAGGAGCUGAAGAGGACGUUCAUGCCGUCACAGGCCAACUAGGGAGCCCCGGGUCCAGCGUGCCACCGGGGGCCGAGGGCACGGAGCCCUGCG